AUGACCGAAAAAAAUCAAAACGAUCAAAAUAUAUCAAAUAACAGGGAUAGUGGUACGCGCUUGUCUAGAACAAGGUCCGUUAUCGGUCCGAGACCGCUUCCAACCAGCCAUGUUCAGAGGAAACAUAGCGAAAGAGUGUCCGAAGAGUAUUCUGACUCUUUAACACCAGAACAGUCUCGUUCGGCCACUCCUGAUCCACCUUUUCCACCUUUGAUUUCACCUAAACCACAAAAACCUCUGCCUACUGUAACAAAAGACAUUACUAAUGCUUUAGAAAAUCAAUAUACCAAUGAUAACAAGAACGUAAUAACGACAGAAUACGAUAAAGGUAUCGUACCAAACAACUGCCAAGAUCAACAAAGCCAAAACUAUAAUACAUAUUAUUCUCAACGACCACCUUCGCCACAAAGUCCAUCUUUUCAACCUCAACCUUCACAAUUUGAUAAUACACCUCAGCUUCAACAACCUAACCAAAUGCAACAGCAGUUAUAUCAACAACAGUAUAUGCAACAUCAACAAUACUUACAGAAUCAUUACGGACAAUAUCCUCCUCAAUUUAGUGGAUAUGGUGGAUAUCAUUAUAAUAAUAUUCAAUCAAAUCCACAAGAUCCAAAAAUGCCUCAUGAUCCACAAAUGCCUCAUGAUCCACAAAUUCCUCAUGAUCCACAAAUUCCUCAGAAUCUACAAAUUCCUCAGAAUCCACAAAUUCCUCAAAAUACACAAAUGCCUCAGAAUUUACAAAUAUCUCAGAAUCCACAAAUACCUCAGAAUCCACAAAUACCUCAGAAUCCACAAAUUCCUCAGAAUUCAAGAUUUUCUCCGAAUCUACAAACUCCUCAGAAUCCACAAAUUCCUCAGAAUCCAAGAUUUUCUCCAAAUCUACACACUCCUCCACAUCCAAGACAAUCUAUACAAUCUUUGUCUUUAUCAGGACGUUUUUCCUUUUUUAAUUGGUUUGGUUCAUUUUCUUUACGA